AUGGCUGGCUAUGCAGGCAGCGAUCGCUUCGGACCAGCAGUGCCCAAGUUCCCUCGAGUUGCAGGCCCCGUGGAGGCACCUGCCGUCUCCGGCCUGGCCCAGCCCCAGGUCGGCAAACUCGUCCAGAACGCAGAGCUGAACAAGGCAGAAGGUGUUGCGCUUUUCCAGUCCGGCCAGUACUACAGGGCCUACCAGGUGUGGAGAUGCAACAUCGACGAGCUGGAGGCAUUCGGCGCGGACAGGUUAGGUGAGGACGGGCAGCGCACCUUCGUGGCGUUGUGCUUGAACGCUGCGCAGGCCUUGCUGAAAUGCCCGGAGAUUGAUGGUGCUCCGACCGAGAUAGCGGCCUCGAUGGCUGACAAGAAGACUGCUUUCUUGCGACCGAACGGCUACACGGGAAUCAUGAUGGCUGGCUUACCGCGGAGCUGGAAGCCUGUGCGAGUGAUCGAACUUGAGCAAGUGAGGCUCAGAGGCUCCGGCUCCUUUGUUCCCCUUUUCGUGACAGCCAUGGCUCUGCUCCGAGCAGCUCUGGCUCUUCGGACAGCUACGCUGCCCCGGAGCCUGACGCAGGCCAGCAGUGACUCCUUCCCUUUCGUGCCGGUGGACUGGGUCUUUCGCUUCUUCCCGUACUUCAGUCGCGAUAAGGUUCGCUUCAUGCUGCGCUACGUUCAAAUUUCCUUCUUCUCUGGUCUGGGCUAUUUCUACCUGUGGUGCCAUACACCGUACGGCUGCGACAACUACGACCACUUCGCGGAGAGCCCGCUGUUCCUGUAUGUGAAGAGUCGCUUGGAGAAGUCGGGUCAGCUUGAGGAAAACUUGCGCAUCAAAGUCCACCACUUCUAUCCGCAGACAGAGUCCGAGUAG